GAAAAGGGGGAGGGAGGGGUGCUACUGCCGUGCGUGCGCGCGCGAAGCCAAACGCAACCCCGGCUCGUUGUGCUGUAAUGCGAGCCUCUUCCUCCUCCUCCUCAUCCACCGCCACCACCGACCAUCCGAGCCGCUCGCGCACCAGGAGCGCGCCAUGCGCGCAAACAACCCAAGGCGCGAUUCCCUUUGAAGAAGGGAAUCUGUAAGGGCGCGUUGCGAGCGCAGCGGCGGAGGAGGAAGGGAGCGAGGGAGCGAGGGAGGAGUGAGUCCCGUGGGCUCGCCCGCUGUCCCGUGGCCGCUGCGCUCGGGGACAAAGCGUGGCGCAACCCGAGGGAGACCGAGAGCCUCAAAAGCACGGCGCCGAGAGUUGUUCUCGGUACUCGCGGGGGCCCCCCUCUCCAACUUGGGAGUUAAAUACGCGAGAGGCGAGCGAGCAAGCGUUGCGUAUGGACCCCGUCAGGAUGUCCGCUCUCGUCCUGCUCGCCCUGGCUGCGCACGCUGCCGCCGCGAUGGAGUUUACCGGCAGCUGUUCAUUUGAGGAUGACUUUGGGGCCUGUGGAUACCGCCAAGACACGGACGACACCUUCGACUGGGAGCAAGUGAACGCGCGAGAGUUUCCCGAGUUGGAGGGAGCCAUCCCACACGCCGACGUGGACACGUACAUGCUGGCGAACACGUCCGACCGCGUGCCGGGGCAGUGGGCCACCCUGCGUCUGCCACAGAUCAAGAAGAACGACACGCACUGCCUGGAUUUCCACUACCACCUCUCGGCGCCCGGCCGCCUCAGCCCCGGGACCCUCAACGUUUACGUGGCUGUCAACGGGGGGCCCCUCGCCAACCCCAUCUGGAACGCCAGCGAGAGCAUGGGCCGCCGCUGGGCACGUGCCGAGCUGGCCAUCAGCACGUUCUGGCCAAAUAGCUAUCAGGUGAUAUUUGAAGCGGUCUCUUCUGGUGUUGAACUGGGUUACAUAGCUAUCGAUGAUGUGCAAGUCCAUAGCUAUCCAUGCAACAAAGCUCCUCAUUUCCUUCGACUGGGCAGCGUAGAAGUGAACGCCGGACAGAACGCCACCUUCCAGUGCAUUGCCACAGGGAAGGCUCUCACCAAUGAACUCCUCUGGUUGCAGAGGAGCAAUGGGCAGGACAUCCCCGUGAGCGGAACGAAGUUGGUGAACCACAGAAGAUUCGCGGCGUCCUUCGGUGUGCCGUACGCCGCACGCUCGCACGCCGACAUUUACCGUUGCGUCACGGGCUCGGCUGACGGCGCAGGGGUGUCCAACUUUGCACAGCUCAUUGUGAAAGAGCCACCUACGCCCGUGGCUCCCCCGCAGCUGGUGGGAGCCGGAGCCACCUACCUGCUGGUGCAGCUCAAUGCCAACUCCAUCGCGGGUGACGGCCCCGUGGUGCUGCGCGAGGUGGAGUACCGACUGCCAGCCUCCGUCGGCGGCUGGGCCGAGACGCACGCCGUGAACGCCGCCACGUACAAACUGUGGCACCUGGAUCCGGACACGCGCUACGAGGUGCGCGUGCUGCUCACGAGGCCGGGCGAGGGUGGCACGGGCAAGUCGGGGCCACCCCUCCUCGCCAGGACCAAGUGCGCCGAGCCGACUCGGCCGCCCCGCGGGCUCCUCGUCACGUCCGUCGGCUCGCGGAAGCUGUCCGUGGAGUGGGAGCGCGUGGGCUACAACGUGACGCGAUGCAGCAACUUCAGCGUGGCCGUGCGCUGCCGGUACCGGCGCGGAGGAGGCGGCGGAGGCGGUGGAGGCGGAGGAGGAGGAUGGGGUGGGAGCAGCGGGGUCAGCCCCGAGAUUGUGCGGGAGGAGAUAUGGAAGGCCGAGGUGGCACCUGAGGCCUCCGCCGGCAGCAAGAGGGACCGAGAAACCAGCCCCGCUCUCGCCAAGGGAGGCGGGAAAGGCUCCGGCAUCGCGGCGGCCAGGGGGUCAGCGUCCGUGAAGAGCGGCGAGGCUCUGCGUGUUCUCGCGCAGCACACGCUCUAUGAUCUCCCGCCGUUCACCAACAUCAGCGUGAGGCUGGUGCUGUCCAACCCAGAGGGGCGCAAGGAGAGCGAGGAGAUUGUGACGCAGACCGAUGAAGAUGUGCCAGGUCCCAUUCCGGAGGACUCAAUUCGAGGGGACACGUUCGAGGAUCGGAUAUUUUUGCAGUGGAGCUGUCCCACAGAGACCAAUGGCCUCAUAAGUCUUUACGAGAUCACGUACCAGGCCGUGAGCUCCUUCGAUCCGAGCCUGGUGGCGGCAGCGCGCAGCGGCGUCAUCCACAGAGCGAGCAACGAGACGGCCCACCUCUUCUCUGGCCUCUUCCCCGGCACGUCGUACGCCUUCACGCUACGCGCCAGCACCGUCAAGGGCUACGGACCCCCGGUCACUGUCCGCCUGAGCACCAACAUCUCCGCGCCGACCCUGCCUCGUUACGAGUUUGACGAGCCGCUCAACGAGACAGACACCACCAUCACUGUUCUGCUGCAGCCGGCGGCUUCGAAGGGCGCGCCCGUCAGCGCCUACCAGCUGGUGGUGAAGGAGAACCGGCAGCAGCAGCAGCAGCAGCAGAAGCCACGGGUGCGGCGUGACCUGGACCGCACGGUGGGCUCGGCGGUGGCGGCGGCGGCGGCGGCGGCGGCGGCGGCACCGCCCUCGCCUGCAUCGCACCCUGCCGCUGCGGCGGUGGCGGCCGCCUCGGGGGAGCGAGCCGCGUCCCGCGACGCCGCCGCAAGCUGCUUCUUCGAGCCCAUCGGCUUCCAGGCGGCGUCGGCGCGCGACUCGCCGCACUACUUCGCCGCCGAGCUACCCCCGGCCGCGCUGCCGAGCCCGUCGCGCUUCGUCGUGGGCGACAACCGCACGUACAACGGCUUCUGGAACGCGCCACUCACGCCCGAGAAGAGCUAUGAUGUCUACUUCCAGGCCGUGAGCCAGUCGGCCGGGGAAAUCAAGAUCGACUGCGUACGCGUGGGAAGAAAGGGUGCCUCACCGCGACCACCGUCCGCCCCGGCGCCCGAGCGGCAGAUGGACCACACCAUGCGGGUGGCUGGCAUCGUGGCCGGGUCGCUCGCCCUCAUCCUCGUCGUCAUGGCCCUGCUCAUCAUUUUCCGCAGGAGGAGGAGCUACAUCUAUUACGCUUACUACUUGAAAAUGUCCAAAAAACGCAAGGAGGGCGGCAACGGUGGCAGCCGGCAGGAGAUGACGCUGAUGGUGCACGCAAUGGACAAGAGCUUUGUGGAGCAGAGCGCCCUGCACGGCGAGGAGCCUCUCGCCUUCCUCAACGCACACAACGGCACCGGGAGAUCUUUCUCAUCGCCAGCACUUUCUGACAAGAGCCAUACCAAUAACAGCAAAGCCUGCCACCCUUGCUACGUUUCAGCAGCACCGGAUGAUACAUUUGUUCCAACAGCAGUCUUGGUGUCUAUCGCUGAUGAGAACCAUGGCAGUGUGAACUGCUCAGCGGAGCAGCCUGGCCUCGCUUGCGGUCCCAGUGUCGUUGGCGUCAUCGGCUGCGGCGGUGGCGGCGGCGGUGGUGGCGGCGGCGGUGGCAGCGGUGGUGGUGGCGGUGGUGGAGGAGGAGGAGGAGGCAGCAUGGCCAAGGCGGUGCGGUCAUUCCACACGCACCACGGCCCGCCGAGCCAGACGCACCACCUGCCUCCCCACGCACCGCCCCCUCAGCCUCCAAUGCCACCGCAGCAACAACCGCAGCAACAACCGCAGCAACAGCCGCAACAACAACAACAACCGCAACAACAGCAGCAGCCACAGAGGCACCGGCGCCCAAGGGAUGGGCCCGACUCACCUGCCUACCACACAGGGCGGCUGCACCCUGCAGUGCGUGUGGCUGAUCUUUUGGAGCACAUUGGACAGAUGAAGACCGGGGAGGGCUACGGCUUCAAAGAGGAGUAUGAGAGUUUUUUUGAGGGACAGUCGGCUCCGUGGGAUGUGGCUAAGCGAGAUGAAAAUCGGGCCAAAAACAGAUACGGCAACAUCAUCGCUUAUGACCAUUCCAGGGUGAUGUUGAAUGUAUUGGACGAGGAACAAAACAGUGAUUACAUCAAUGCCAACUACGUUGACCUGCGUUGCUGUCGAGAGCUGUGCAUGGGAUACUACCGAACGCACCAUUAUAUCGCCACACAAGGUCCGCUUCCCGACACAGUUGGCGGCUUCUGGAGGAUGAUCUGGCAGGAGCGCAGUGCCAGCAUCAUAAUGGUUACCAAUCUGGUGGAAGUUGGCAGGAUCAAGUGUUGCAAGUACUGGCCCGAUGGCAGUGACGUGUAUGGGGACAUCAAGGUGACACUGGCAGACACGGAGAUGCUGUCGGAAUACAUCAUCCGAACGUUCCGCGUGGAGCGGGCAGGGCAGGAGGACAUCCGGGAGGUGCGACAGUUCCACUUCACGGGUUGGCCUGACCACGGGGUGCCGUACCACGCCACGGGACUGCUCGCAUUCAUCCGCCGCAUCAAGGCCCUCGACCCGCCACACGCAGGGCCUCUGGUUGUCCACUGCAGUGCUGGGGCUGGCAGGACCGGCUGCUACAUGGUGAUCGACAUCAUGCUGGACAUGGCAGAGAGUGAGGGCGUCAUCGACAUUUACAACUGCGUGCGGGAGCUGCGUACCAGGCGCGUCAACAUGGUGCAGACAGAGGAGCAGUACGUGUUCAUCCACGAUGCCAUGCUGGAGGCGUGCCUGUGUGGGGACACCUGCAUCCCUGCUGGAGAUUUCCGUGCGGCAUACGCCGAAAUGCUGCGCCCCGACCCACAGAGCAGCUCCAACCACAUCAAGGACGAGUUUCAGACCCUGAAUAUGGUGACGCCGCCGCUGCGCGUCGAGGACUGCAGCAUCGCCCUGCUGCCACGGAACCACGAGAAGAACCGCUACCACGACGUGCUCCCCCCCGACCGCUGCCUGCCCUUCCUCAUCACCAUCAACGGGGACAGCAGCAACUACAUCAACGCGGCGCUCAUGGACAGUUACAGACAACCGUCGGCAUUCAUCGUAACGCAGCACCCACUGCCAAACACCGUGAAGGACUUCUGGCGGCUGGUAUUCGACUACCACUGCACCUCCAUCGUCAUGCUCAACGAGCUGGACUCCAAUAAGUACUGUCCUCAGUACUGGCCAGAAGAGGGCAUGCUUUGCCACGGACCCAUCCAGGUAGAGUUUGUGGCAUUCAACAUGGAAGGAGACAUCAUAACAAGAACUUUCCGCAUCUGUAACGUGGCCCGGCCGCAGGAUGGCUGCCGCAUGGUGGAGCAGUUCCACUACCUGGGCUGGCCUGCCGGGCGGGAGGUGCCGACGUCACGGCACUCGUUCCUGCGCCUCGUGCUGGCGGCCGAGCGCUGGCGAGAGGAGUAUGGCAUGGACGGCCGCACGGUGGUGCACUGCCUCAAUGGAGCUGGCCAGUGUGGCACCUUCUGUGCCGUGAGUGUCGUGUCCGAGAUGAUCAAGAGACAGAAUGCCGUCGACGUUUUCCACGCUGUCAAGUCACUUCGAAACAACAAGCCAAACAUGCUGGAGACUCUCAGUCAAUACCAGUUUUGUUACGACGUGGCACUGGAAUAUCUAGAGACUGUUUAAGAACAAGGACACGCGGGAGCAUCCAAGUGAAGAGCUCAGACUUUUUUUGUAUUCGCAUGUCAAGGAGCUGCAGGGAGAACAAGUGAAGAAUGGUUUAACCCAACGCUCUGGUCCGAGAUCAGGGCUCCAUUUUUUUCUCAAUUUCUCGUGGAAUAUUUUUUUUCCGGGGCUCCUAUCCACAGACCACCCCCUGCCUCACAGAAGUGGCAAGAAAUGGGGGGGAUACAUUUUUUUUCCAGAGCUCAGCCAAGGGAAACUCCGGCUGAAACUAAACUCCUAAGAUGUCAUCUUCUGGAGAAAUUUAAAUUUGGACGACACAUGUAACCAUAUAAUCAAAUGUUUAUAAUUUGCUUGUAUACUUACAUUUUUUUAUUGCUUGUUUAUUUUUGCCAUAUGUUUACCAUAUCAACAGGUUAUUGUGGUAAGAUCAAGGUUUCAGAGGUGUAUCUACAUUUACCUGCAUACUACAGGUGCGAAUUGCACAACAGCACGUCGCUCUUUGCCACGUGACAUCCUUUUCAUUGAAAUUACGUAUAAAGGAUGUAUUGUGCAGAAGAUACAAUAAGUAAAUUGGCAGCAGUAGAGUGUCACAUUUUUUAUAUUGGAGUUGAUAAAUGUGCAAUUUCCUGAAUAACAACAUCAAAGCACGCUUUAACUUUUGCAUAUUACCCAAGUGUUGGCCAAAUAUUACUGUCAUUACUUGGCACUAAGCUUCCCUAUAAAGCCACCUACCGGCACAGCAAAACUUGUAAAAGCAAUGUAUUGUAAUGUUUGCAGUAGGUACAAAAGGCAAAGAUCGCCUGUACAGCACCGGACAGCAACAACCACAAGACAACUUAGAUUUAGGCCAUCAAUCUGUUGUGGUGAAUGCCAAUGUCGAGAACCUUUAAGGCCGGCAUGGCACACGGAGGAGGUGGCAUGGCCAACCCCUGCAUGGAUUCCUUUGUCUCCGCAAUGCUGAUGUUUACGCACCUUGCCAUGGACUUAUUUAGGGCCGAGUAAACCUAGGGAAGACUCAGGACCAGUACAGAUAUCACUCACCACUGAUGUAAACUAUGGCAGGGAAUCGAAUUUCGGUCGCCAGGUUUAUGCGCCACCCGCCGAACCACAUACACACUGAAUACGUGCGUGUGCGUGUGUGUGUCAGAAUCUUCAAACUGGAGGAAUCUGAUGAGCUGCAAAGCUCUUUUUCACAAGUGUCCAGUAGGGGCAGGUAGGAAACUUUCGACAACAAACAAUACAAACUCACGAUGGGAGUGCAAAGUAUAGGGAAAGUAAGCAAAACAUAAAAUAAAAAAAUACUUUUUAAAUAAAAAUAAACGUUUUAUCUUACCAGGUAAAGCUCAUGGAACUUUACAUAUAAGCUACAGUGUGUCCAUAUGAACCCGAAUUUUGACAGUGGUGCCAUGAAGGUAAGGCUGGCCCUUCGUUGUGAUAUUCUAGGAAUUUUCCUGUGAAAAAAAAAUAGAUAUAGGCUCAUCUUGACGUUUGGCAAGAUAGUGAUGGUUAUGCAAAAUUUCAGACGAACCCUUUAGUGUUCAAUUUAUAGUGUAUUUGUCAUGGCAUGAGGUUUGGUGUGGGUUCAGGUCAUGUUGAAUUGUAAUUAAGUUGACUAAUUUCAAGAAAGAUGGACAACUGCGUGAAAUGGUGCAAACUCUUGGGCAGGCUUUUUUCAAUGUAGAUGGGACAAAGACGUCUUGAAAUGAGAUAAUUACGGAGAGAAUGUCACCGUCUGGGAUAAAUAAGAAAAAAAUGAUUAUUUUGGUUGAAUUAGCAUUUUAGUUAGAAAUGCAGCAUGGAACACAAUGAUCACGUAUUGGAGAAAGUUACUUCAACAUUUCUAUAGAUUCACUGUGGACGAAAAUAAACCCAAAUGUAUGUUAUGAGACAUUGAGAUAGAUGUUAAACUGUUCACUUUCAUAUCUGUUUGAGCUGGUUCAGAGCCACAAAUGUGGCAUGAACGUUGGUGUCUGGAAGAGGGUUUGACAACUACAUUACUGAAUUUAGUUAUGAAUACUUAAAAUUAAUUAGUACAGUCAGUCCAAUUGUAAUGGACGCAUGUUCAUUUUAUUAUUUUUAACUGUACAUAGGUUUGGGUUUGAACAGAAAGAGACUUCUGAAGCAUUUUGUCUGGCUUCAUGUUAACGUACAUAAGAAGAGUAUGGUGAUUUAAUAUGAAGCAUAUUCAAAUAUAGUCUCACUUUGGCUGUGAAAAAGUCCUUGAUUUAUACCUUUAUAGCUGUAUGCCACCUCUUUAAAACAUUCUGGUUGUGUCAUACAUUUGUCGUGGGGAAUAAAACAUGCGUACAUGAAAUAAUCAUAAAGCCUCUGUGGAGACUUACGUUAGGGAGAGCGAGAGACGUGUUGUAAGGAUGCGUUAUUUUUUUUUUGGAGUAAACGAAGGUCUGCAAUGAUCGAUGAGCCAGGGAACUAUAAUUUAUAGACAUUUCCAAUUUUCACAAAAGAUUCCCUGAAUUACCUGGAAAUGACGAUUUGGAAAGGGAUGGAUGAUGAUGAAAUCGAAGAAUGUUCACCAAAUGCACCUUAAUUAGAUAUUAUAAUUCGCAUACUCGUUCAAUAGAAAUGUAGGUGUUGCAGGAGCAAUGUGAAAAUGUUGCAUGUAAAUUAUUUUUCCAUGUUUUUCUAAAGGAGGCAUUUUUACGAAAUCAAGUACAGACAUUGAAGAUUAAUAACACGUUUUUUUAACCUUGUUUGGUGUUUUUUUUUAUUCUUCUAAGGCUUUGUACGAGCCUCCGACCCCGAGUAUCACGUUUUAGCAAUGUCGCCGACAAUAACAGUCUUUGAAUAAUUUGAAUUUGUCGUCAAACAAAAUGGAAGUGCAAUGUGGAAAUGUGAGGACAACACAAUUACGUAGAACAAUAAAAACCAAAGAUCGCUCCGACAUGGCAGAAAUGUUUAGCCAGGUUGUGCACGAGUUACUAGCGAUCGUACGAGUACGUUUAAACACGCAAGUAUUUGUAUUAGAUUAGCUUAUUAUUUGCAACAUUUGUAUUGUAUUAUUAAGAUAACAGGAUGCUUGUUUAUAUUGUGUGUACAAUGUGUGGAGCAUUUACAACGAGCGUUGAUACUGCCACCACGACGGUUAUUUGCCCCCAUUCAGAUGAAUCCCAUCGUUCGUCUCUAGACUUCAGAUGGAGGAGCUGCUCUGUCAUUGUGCAUUAACCCGAUGCUUGUGCAGGUGUACAGAAACCCAGUUUAGGUGCAGAAGUGCAAUUUAUCGCUCUCUGACCACUGCUACAGUGGGAAGGGCCUCUACAUUUACGGAGCCCGAGAGAGUCCUUCGAUGAGAUGUUUGGCCUAUCCUGCUACGAUGACCGGGUGUACGUGUCGGUGCAGACUGGCUUAUGGAGUUUUGUGUUUUUUUUUUAUGGCGCUGCUGUGCCGUUGCUUAAUUUUAUCGCAUGGUCACCACAGGCACCAUGGUGAUCAGGACUUCAUGGUGAUCAGGACUUCACGUGAAGGAAUGACACAAAUGCGCACCACGUUUUCUCAUUGAAAAUAGGUACAUUUCAAACUAUCACUGUUCUGGUCACAAAAGCAAAGUUUGUGGGGAAUAAUGCCCAUUUUCUGUACUUUUGAGGCAUAGGCAAUUAGGAACUAACACGUACUACCCAGGAGGGAGGUGGGUGCAUGCCGGCCCGGAUAUAACUUGCCAGGAACUGAAACAAGAGCGCGGGGUUGCGACGAGCAGAGCAAUGCUAGCCCACACCCCAAGGGCACGGGUUCAUUGCGUCGAUCCACCACGCGCGCUACUCGCGGUAACUUUGCACUCUGUGGCCAAGUCGAGCUUCGAAAGGUUUUACUUCGUAGGCAAGCUGAUAAAUGGGGUUUGGAGGGGGCCAAAUCGUGCCACAGCCCUAGCCAUCUAAGAGCAAAGCGGCAGCGACUGAAGGCAGGCGUCGUGCCAGCAGAUUCCCUGUCUGUGUGCGAUACCUGUGGCUGGACACGUGGACGGGUCUUGAGACACAUUGUUCCAAGCGUCAGUGAUGAGAUCCGUCAUUCUGAUUGCUCAGGCCACCUAUUGUUUUUCAUGUAUUGAUGUUGCGUCCACAACAAUUGUACAUGCUGUGUUUGGCGCACCAUGCUUUGAGAUGUGCCACCUUUUGAUAACGUGCUCAAUUGAGUUUGUGUUUAUUACUUACCUUGCGAUCUUUGUCAGGUCCCAUGAGAGCAAGGUGUGGUAAGAGUGAGGUGUCAAGAAUAAAUGGUUUUGUAAAUUCGGCUGGCCCACUUUUCGUAUGCGAUGGAAAAGUUCGUGUCCCACAUAAACAAAAGAAAAUCCAAAACCUAGGUGACCUUUUGGUGAAAUAAACUCCCUCUACGUGAGGUUUGCAUCAGUACGAUUGUAUAAUUUCCAGCUCUCGUCAAUCCAUUGCUGAAUUAAGCUCUCCCCAAUGCCGUGUCGGUCAUACUUUUACCACGCUGGUCAAUGUGGGUUGGUGAGGGAGGUGGGUGCAUGCCGGUCCGGAUAUAACGUGCCACCGAUGUUGGCUGUGACUAGGAAUGAAAAAAAACUCAGGUUGUCGAGUUCAUAUUCUCCAACAACAACAAAAAAACAUUUCAAGGAGUUAAAGGGACAAUUCCUUUCGGCAAACUAUCUCGAUUGAUGUAUUCUCUUUCAGAUGCCGGAGACUUUUCGGUAGAUUUGCCUGAACAAUGCAGUGCGCUAACCCCCCCAAGUCAGUUGAUUAGAACUGUGCUAUUCAGGUAUUCAUGCGAUAGAUUAUUGAUAAACAAUCACCGAUAUGAUUACUCGACGAAUCUGAUUAACAUGAAAAUUUGGAAAUACAUGGUCACCUCUGUUCCCAACUGUGGGCUGUCCCAAGGAUAAUGAAUGGAGGCUCGAUUGUGAGUAGCGUCAAUCAGGCAUUGACAUGCUGGGCGUAGCUUGUUGGGCGGUUUCCUGCCUUCAGGAGGCAGGAUGUUGUUGGGAGCGGCUGCAUUCUACUACGAAAAGUAGCAGAAUGCGAUUUAGUUCACCAAUUGAUUUUGAUCGACUUCCAGGUCUCUCUUAGAUGUUGCCCCUACAAACAGGAAACAGGUACAUAUAUAAAACAGCAGUUGGCCUCAUUUUGAUGAGUUUGUUGUCCUCCUGCACCUCCGAGUAGCACGGUUGGCUACGCACGGUGUGAAAGAAGUUCAACAUACAUACAUGUACAGGGGGUCCAGAUGUCUUCUGACCCCCCAUUUUAAUUAUCUAAAACUUUGUUUUAAGUAAGGUUUAUUUACAACAAUUGAAUAUGCAAAGGGGGAAAAAAAGGUUAGGGUUUCAAUUAAUUACGGGUCACCAAACAUCAGAUCCACCCUGUGUAUAGGCUAUAAGUGUGCAAAAAAAUGUCGAUGUCCAUGGUAUUUGUGAUUUGUUAGAAGUUUUUGCAUUUGCAACACCUCCGAUUAGCACGGUUGGCGACGUACGGUCGAGAAAGAAGUUCAACAUACCUGCGUACGUGCACGUAUUGCAUAGACAACAGGUAACAGCGUGCGGCGGCAGGCCCAUAAUCUUUUUUAAAAAAUGGAGUAGACCCAUCGUUAUUGCUUUAAGUUUUCAACCAAAAAAGCAUUCGAAUGCCCCUAAUGUGACACGGAUAGGAAACAAUAGCAUCGUUUAAAUAUCGCUGUUUAGAAAUCGGUGUAUAUGUCACAGUCUGCUCAUUAGGUAAGAAAAAAAAUGCAUCAUGCUGGUCAUGAAUAAACACAAGGGUGAAUGUUGUUUUUCUAUUAACUGUAUAAUAAUACUAUGAAGUGUUUUUCUGCAGAAUUUACCCGUAAUUUGAACACAGAAUAUUAGUUUAUUUUCAAAAUACAAAAAUAUAUUUCAUUUGCAGAUGCUAAAAACGAUACAUCUUUGGCGUCUCGUGUUUGUAUAGCUUACAGCUGGUAAAUUGCACAUAUGACGCUUCUUGGUUUGCUUAGAUAUCCAGACGCAUUUGAUAUUGUUAAUACAGUACAUAGUAAUGUUAUCGUGUACCAAAUAAAGGAUUUGUUUUCGAA